CUUAAUAUCUGCAUUAUUUUCUAAAGAUUCUCAUAACUGUACAAGGAGAUUUUAAUCCCUUUCCAUAUAUAUAAAGCUUCUUAUUUAAUUUCCAACAAUUUCAAAUCAAUUUUACUUCAGUCAUAUAGCUUUUCCAUUUCUCAACUCAAGAAUUUGAAUCCACUCAUGGCUUUCUUCAUAUGGGUAAACUUGUUCAUCAUCAUUUCCAAUUGCUUUCUAACUGUAUCACCCGUCUUCUCCAAGCCAAUUACAAUCCCAAACUUUAUAGAUUUAGCCAAGGAGCCUCAAGUCUUUGAUUGGAUUGUGGAUAUUAGGAGGAAAAUUCACCAGAAUCCAGAACUGUGUUAUGAGGAAUUUGAAACCAGUAAGCUUAUAAGAGCAAAAUUGGAUGAAUUGGGUGUUCCACAUAAACAUCCAGUUGCAGUAACAGGUGUUGUUGGUUACAUAGGAACUGGUCUCCCUCCUUUUGUUGCUCUCAGAGCUGACAUGGAUGCUCUUCCUAUGCAGGAACUGGUGGAGUGGGAGCAUAAGAGUAAAGUAGGUGGAAAGAUGCAUGCAUGUGGUCAUGAUGCUCAUGUUGCUAUGCUUCUUGGUGCUGCAAACAUCCUAAAACAACAUGAAAAAGAUUUACAAGGAACUGUUUUUCUUGUUUUUCAACCUGCAGAAGAAGGAUGUGGUGGGGCUAAGAAAAUUGUGGAUGCUGGGGUCUUGGAAAAUGUCUCUGCCAUAUUUGGAUUGCAUGUCCUAAAUAACUUGCCUCUAGGCGAAGUGGCGUCUAGGUCUGGUCCUCAGUUUGCAGGAAGUGGCUUCUUUGAAGCAAUAAUAAGUGGCAGGGGUGGACAUGCAGCCAUUCCUCAACUUUCUAUAGAUCCCAUAUUGGCAGCUUCCAAUGUCAUUGUUAGCUUACAACAUAUCAUUUCUCGCGAAGCUGAUCCCCUCGACUCUCAGGUUUUGACUGUAGCAAAAUUUCAAGGAGGUGGUGCAUUCAAUGUUAUUCCAGACUCUGUCACAAUUGGUGGCACCUUUCGAUCUUUUUCGAGGGAAAGCUUCGCACAAAUGAGACACCGCAUUGAGCAGGUUAUUACUGGACAAGCUGCUGUGCAGAGAUGCAAUGCAACAGUCAGCUUCUUGGAAGAAGAGAAGCCUCUCGUCCCUCCAACUGUAAACAAUGGUGACCUGCAUGACUAUUUUCAAAGUGUCGCCAAGAGUUUACUCGGCGCCGAUAAAGUUAAAGGCAUGGAACCAAUGAUGGGAUCAGAAGACUUUGCCUUCUAUCAAGAGGCUGUGCCGGGUUACAUCUUCCUCCUCGGAAUGGAGGAUGUCUCAAUUGAACAUCUUCCGUCGGGACACUCGCCCUAUUUCAAAGUCAACGAAGAUGUGCUUCCUUAUGGUGCUGCGCUUCACGCCUCAUUAGCUGCGAAGUAUCUCGCCAAACUUCAUCAGGAGGUACCAGUAGUAGAGGGGAAAUCUCAUGAUGAAUUAUAGAAAAGAUUAUUAAAAAAAUGUCAUGACAUUGGUUGGACACAUUUGUAGAUGAAUUUUCCAUUUAAAUCUUUAACCAUAGUGAGCUAGUGUGGCAAAUCUUUAGCUAUAUAAGCCACUCAGCUGUUUUGAAUUUCCACAAUAAUGUCACUCAGUUGUUGAAAAUGAAAUAUUGUUUGCCACCUCUUUUAUGAGACAUAUCAGCAGAAAUGAAUUGUUUUUGUCAUCUA